AACUUAUGAGGCCGUCAAGCGAAGAAAAGUGUAUUUCGAAUCAAAUAGUUACGGAUACCCUUGACACUAUCACAUUUGACAUAUCAGCUUGAUUGAUCCAUUUAUCUGUAGUCAAGUCUCAGACUGCCACCUCGUUUUGUUAUCAAUUUAGUCCUAACAAGGAGGUCCAAUUAUUUCAAAGAAGAAAUUUUUAAAUUUUGAAUGAGGAAUUAGCAUACAUUGGUCGUGCCGAUGCCUAACGCAUGUUCCGCCAUCCACUAUAUGAUCAGAUCCAGUCCGAUUCAUGCGCUUCCGGACUAACUCGAGUAAACACCCAAGAGGCGUCAAGUUGAUUAUCAGUCCGCUCAAUAAGCACAGUCGAUUGCUAAAUUUGACCUUAGGCUUCUUCUUCAUCCUUCUGAAUUAACAGCAACGAAAUGACGCGAGUUCUUGUAACUGGUGCGUCCGGUUUCCUUGCGAUGCACGUUGUGAAGCAGCUGGUUGACUCAGGGAAAUACGUCGUGCGAGGAACGGUUCGAAGUCUCACAAAUGAAAAGAAGGUCAAGCCUUUAAAAGAGCUGUCCUCAGCGCUUGAAUUAGUCGAGGCGGAUCUUACCAAGAAAGAAUCUUGGAUUGACGCCGUAAAGGACUGCACCUAUGUGAUUCAUGUGGCAUCUCCCUUCCCGGCUACAAAUCCAACUGAUGAAAUGGAGGUGAUCGGACCCGCAGUGGAUGGAACGAAGAACGUGCUUGAAGCCUGCGCCAAAACCAAGGGCGGUGUAAAAAGGGUUGUACUCACAAGUUCCUGUGCUGCAGUCUAUGCUGGGCGUGCUGGUGAAGACCAUGUCUUUAAUGAGGAAGACUGGGCAUCUGAGGAAAACAGCAUCCCUUAUGAGAAGAGCAAGUUGAGGGCAGAGAGAGCAGCUUGGGAACUAGUCAAGAACUUACCAGAUGAUGAGAAGUUUGAACUCUGUUGUAUCAAUCCUGGGCUUAUCCUGGGACCAGUGUUGCACGGAUCUAACUGCACAAGUAUAGAGAUUCACAGGCGCCUCCUUAACCGUGAGAUGCCAAUGUUGCCCAAGCUUUCCCUUGGAAUAGUUGACGUCAGAGAUGUUGCAGCAGCACACAUCACGGCUAUGACGUCACCGAAAGCGCCAGGUAACAGAUAUGUCACGAUCUCUGUUUGCUUUUGGUGGGACGACAUGGCAAAGAUGCUUGAUGACGAGUUUAGACCUCUCGGUUACUGCGUUCCCACCAAAAUAGCCCCAAAUUUCAUUUUAAAGAUUGGAUCAUGGUUUGAUCCCACAUUGAAGAUGAUUGUACCUGUUCUGGACAAAGAAGUGAAGUUGGACAACACUAAGAUAAGAGAAGAUUUUGGAUUUCAGUUUCGUGACGCUAAGACCACCGUAGUUGACAUGGCGUACAGUCUGAUUGACAGCGGUUUUGUCAAAGCAACACCAAAAUAUAAGGAAAUGAAAAACCAACAGAGCACUGCUGCUAACUAGCUGUAGGCUGUCGCGCUCAGCGAUUACGUUACAGUCUCACUUGUUUAUGAUCACGCUGGGCUGUCAAGUUGGGCUGAUUAACGUCACGGCAUAGAAAUUUAGACUAGAUGUAUGAUAUAUGAUCACGUUAAGCUGUUAAGUUACGGUAUAAUCACUAGACUAGUUAUGAGGUACGUAGACGAGCCAUAAGGUAGUAAGCUCAUAUUUUUGGAUAGAAAAUGGGAAUUCCCUCAUUUAGCCAGAUCACUGAGUAUUUGCACGUUUGACUGUCUCGUAAUAAGACUUAUUUACCCAAACUAUGAGCAAAACCCGAAUACCGUGACAAGAACAGUGUUGUUGUCCUUUGGACGUCUGCAAGUAUGAUUUUCUAAUACGCAUUUUCCAGACGGGAAAGUAAACAACAGGUCUGACUGUUGUAUGGGUGUUUCAAGUAUCAAAAAUAAAAAAAAUUAUCUUAGCAAA